AUGAGCAGAUUCUUCUCGCUCUUCACCAAGUCGUCGCAGCCUCUGAUCCAACACCUCGGACCCCCCACUACGCCCACCGCUCUCGCCGCUCAGGAAGCGCUCAAGAGUAGCAACGCCGCCAUGUCUGCACAGGAGACCGCCACUGUCGCCUCGGGCUGCUUCUGGGGCACCGAGGACAUCUACCGCAAGGCCUACGGCAACGGCAAGGGCCUGCUGGACGCCAAGGUCGGCUUCAUCGGCGGCCAUGAGUCGAGCAAGAACCCUUCGUACGAGGAGGUGUGCACCGGUCGUACUGGCCACGCCGAAGCAACGCAGAUCCAGUACGACCCGUCCAAGGUGUCGUACGCCGAGCUCAUCGAGUUCUUCUACCGCACACACGACCCUACGCAGCUCAACCAGCAGGGCAACGACCGCGGUACACAGUACCGCUCGGCCGUGUUUGCGCACGACCAGAACCAGCUCGACAUCGCCAAGAAGGUGACGGAGGAGGUGCAGAAGAAGCACUUUGAUCCCAAGGGCAAGAAGAUCGUGACGCAGCUCGAGAUCCGCAAGAAGGAGGACUUCUUCCCCGCCGACGACUACCACCAGCAGUACCUCAUCAACAACCCCAACGGCUACCACUGCUCGACACACAGGUACUGGUGGUAA